AUGAGCGCCGAAACCAUUCUCAACCUUCCAGCUAAUCAUGGAGCUCGAUCAACCAAUUUACCAUGGUACCAGCCUUCUCUCGAAAACAAACUCAACGAAAGAGUCCGUAGAGUGUUUGAAGAAUACAGUCGCAUUCCACCGGACGAGGUAGAGUCGCAUGUGUAUGAAGUCCGCGAGUUGGCUUGGUCCGUCUUUCCAUGGCCCUGCAUCGGCGAAUUUUGGUUUCUCGAACUCGGACUUACACGGCAUCCAGAAUACAACCACGUCCUUCGAACUCUGAAAGAGGGGUCUGUGCAGAAUCUAAAUCCAAAGAUCCUGGAUUUGGGUACGUGUUUGGGCCAAGACCUUCGAGAGUUAGCACACAAUGGGGCACCAAUCAACACACUUUACGGUGCAGAUCUCGUCGCGGGCUUUGAGGCUGUUGGAUACGAGCUAUUCCGCGAUUCAAACCGCUUCGGCCCAUCGAACUUCAUCACUGGCAAUAUAUUCUCGAAUGAUAUUGACGAUGGCUUGGUGAAAACGAGGGGAACUUGGGAUAUUAUUCAUGCGACUAUGUUUCUCCAUAUAUGGGCUCUUGAGGAUCAAGAGAAGGCAUGUGUGAAUAUCCUAAAGCUGUUGCGGCAAUCUCCGGGGUCGUUGGUGGUAGGUACGCAGACUGGGACGGCGAAGCCAGGGGAGUUUACGGUGAAGCCGCCGCUUUGCGAGCCGGGGGAACAGAAGGUUGUUUACAGACACAGUAAGGAGACGAUGAGGGAUAUGUGGAUGAGGGCUGGUAUGAUGGUAGGUAUGAGUUUGGAUGUGAAGACGGGGUAUGAUGAGGAGGAAAGGAUGGGUAGGGAAAAGGGAAGGUUGGAGAAGGGCCCGGAAUGGGAGGCGAAGCAGCGAUUCUUUGCUGGCUCAGACCAAAGACGAAUAUUCCUUACUGUAUUAAGGUUGGGAUAG